GCGAUGCAGGAUGCCAUCGACGGCCUUAUGGCGGAGGCCCUCGAGCACCAGGACCUCUGCGCGGAGAUGCGCCGCGAGCAGAUGGACCGCGGCCGCUUCUUCUUGCACGAGGCACCGCGCAUUGCGAUGUCGUGGCGCACGAAGGGCAUCCGAGACUUCCUCGUCAGGUCCGAUGCCUUUCGCGUUGCCAAUGGCCAGCCCGACGGCAGUGUGAAGGACGUGACGGUCCAGGGCCGCGCGGGCUGGAUGACCAACUCCCUGUGCGUCGCGAAGGAGCUCGCCCAGUUCCAGUGUCGGAUCUGGCGUGGCGGGCACCGCCGGCACCGCCACCCCUUGGAUGGGAAGGCCAAGCGCAAGGCCUACUACCCGCCAGCUCUUGUGGAAACCAUCCUGCGCGGCUUCGAGGCGCAGGUCCUAUUCGACAAGAUGGCGAGCGGCAUGGGCAUCUCGCAUGGGACCAUCUUCGACGAUGUCAUUGGCGCGCAGCUGCCUCCUGAGAAGGUGGCCCAAGCACGCGGGGCGGAUAUCGAGUUUCUUCGCAGCUUUCCAGUCUACAAGCCGGUGGAUCCCUCGGAGGCGGACGGCCACGAGGUUAUUGACACCAGGUGGGGUGACGUCAGCAAUGGAGACCACGAGAACGCGAGCGUUAGAUCUCGCCUCUGCGCCAAGGAGUUCAAAUGGAAUAACCCGUGGCUGGAGGACACGUUCGCAGGCGCACCGCCGUGGGGGGGUGUCAAGAUGGUGCUGGACAAGACCAUGACGAAGGCUAAGAGUCCCAGUGGCGGCUUCAAGAUUAAGAAGGUUUUGAUCCUGGACAUCUCCGGGGCUCACAUUCACCCGCUCGCCAAGCGCGAGCUGUUUACCCGCGUUCCCAGCGAUGGCCCUGCAGGAGAAGGCGGAAAGAUAGGGCUCCUGCCCCGCAGGAUGCACGGCGCGAGGGGCGCGGCGGCCGGCUGGGGGGAGCACCGCCAUGAGAAGCUGGCGCUGGCGGGCUACAAGUCAGGAGUGUCUUGCCCCUGUGCGUUCGCCAACUCAGACGGCUCCUCAUCUGGGGUCGUGCACGGCAACGACUUUGUCUUCGAGGGCGAGGAGCAGCAGCUGGACGCGAUGGAGCGCGAGUCGCGGAAGCACAUGCAGGUUCAGCGGACGGCUCUCCUCGGCCCGGAUGCAUCUGACGACAAGCGCGCGACAAUCCACGACCGGCUCAUUUCCUACGUGGACGGCAGUUUCUCGGUCAAGAGUCGGAUAGCCAUGGGGCGAUCCCCGUCGCGCACAG